UGUGUCACCUGACCAGGACUUGCCGGCACAAUGGCGGCGCCCGUGCUGUGCCGUUUAUGGUCUGGAAGGCGUUGGGCUUUAGCCUACAUUAACCGCGGAUCUCGCCACGGAGCAGGGACUCCGACUGGGUCCAGGUCCAGCGGGAAAAGGGAACAGAGCUCAGUGGUUCAGCAGCCCCUCAUCACGGCCGAGAAGCCGAGGAAAGGUGAACACAAAUGGGCAGCUGUGGUAGGUUUGGAAAUUCAUGCCCAGAUUUCCUCCAACUCUAAACUUUUCUCUGGAUCUCAAGUCCACUUUGCAGCACCUCCAAAUUCUUUGGUAUCUUUUUUUGAUGCAUCUCUGCCUGGAACUUUGCCGGUUCUCAACAGGAGGUGCGUGGAGGCGGCAGUGAUGACAGGCCUGGCGCUGAACUGCCGCAUAAACAAGAAGUCCUUGUUCGACAGGAAGCACUACUUCUAUGCAGACCUCCCUGCAGGCUACCAAAUUACCCAGCAGAGGCUCCCGAUUGCUGUGAAUGGGAGCUUGGCGUACAGCGUCUUCGUGGGGAAGAAGCGGAGUCAGGUGAUCAACAAGACAGUGAGGAUCAAGCAGAUCCAGCUGGAGCAAGACAGUGGCAAAAGCCUCCACGAUGACCUGCGGUCUCAAACGCUCAUUGACUUGAACAGAGCGGGAGUUGGCCUUCUGGAAGUGGUCUUGGAGCCGGACAUGUCCUGUGGAGAAGACGCGGCAACAGCAGUCAGGGAGCUGCAGCUGAUACUUCAAACCCUGGGGACCAGCCAGGCAAACAUGGCAGAGGGUCAGUUGAGAGUGGACGCCAAUAUAUCUGUGCAUCACCCUGGAGAGCCUUUGGGAGUUCGAACUGAAGUGAAGAAUCUCAACAGUGCCAGGUUCCUGGCCAAAGCAAUAGACUAUGAAAUUCAGAGGCAAAUCAGUGAACUUGAGAAUGGAGGUGAAAUUCUGAAUGAAACUCGCUCGUUUGAUUACAAGCUGGGGUGCACUGUGCCAAUGAGAGACAAAGAAGGAAAACAAGACUACAGGUUUAUUCCCGAACCCAACCUGCCUCCCCUGCUGCUCUACGAUUCAGCAUCCCUGCCGGCCGGCACAGACCCACAGCAAGUGAUCAAUAUCGACCGGAUCCGGGAGCGGCUCCCUGAGCUCCCCAGCGUGACCCGGGACAAGCUCAUUCAGCAGUAUGGGAUGCUGCCGGAACACAGCCUCACCUUACUGAAUGAAGUUGGCCUACUGGAGUUCUUCCAAAAUGUGAUAAAAGAAACUAGGGCAGAGCCCAAAAAAGUGACUAGUUGGGUCCUCAACACUUUUCUGGGUUUUUUAAAGCAACAGAACCUUGCUGUCAGUGAGAGUCCUGUCACACCUUCUGCACUGGCCGAGCUUCUCAACCUACUGGACAGGAAAACCAUCUCUUCAUCUGCAGCGAAACAGGUGUUUGCAGAACUAUGGAAGAGUGAAGGGAAGACUCCAGCGCAGAUUGUUUCAGAGAAGAAGCUUGAACUGAUGCAGGAUCGAGAGACACUGGAACAGCUGUGCCACGCCACGAUGGAGCAACACCCGCACGUGGUGAUGGAUAUGAAGAAGGGAAACCCCAGAGCUAUAAAUAAACUGAUUGGGUUGGUCCGAAAAGCGACUCUCAGCCGAGCAGACCCGACAGUGAUCAAGGAGAUACUAGAGAAGAAGCUGUCGGCGUGAGAUGUUCUAGGCCCCCCUGCCUGAGGGAGGACAGUUUAGCCAGCCGUGCCGCAGCACCAGAGCUGUGAGACCUGACACCCGGCAUCUCCCAGUGCCUGCGCCCCCCCUGACCCUGCGCCCUGGGGUGCCCCCUCCACAAGACCAGCAUCUCUGUGUGCGUCAUGAUAUCCAAGCGGCUCCAUCACAGCUGCGGCAGAGGUUAAGCAAUAGCACUUUCUAGCGCUUAAUAAUUCUGAACUAAACGAAACAUACUGUUUCAAAUACUGUUACCUUUCUUAGAAAACUUCAUUCUGCAGUUCCUUCAACAACUAUUUCUGGGCUCAUCCUAAGGAACCGCUUUGUUCUAGGUGCUGGGGACGAGCAGUGAUCAAGACACCAGAAUCUGGAUGCGGUGUUUUAGACCUAAAACUAGGUUAAUGAAGAGGCAGACAGACAGAGCAAAAUAAGUUCAUUGAUGUAGCGUAAACACACUUGUGUUUCGGGUGGUCGUGGAGGGCAGUGCAGGAGGAUAUUAGUCAUAUAUUAGGUAUUAGUCUGUUCCCCCAACCAUCGAGGGCAAGUGACGCCGCUCGUUCAACCCCCUAGGGGUCCCAGGAAGCAGAGGUCUGAGAAUAAAUCACAUUUUUUUUGUAAAAUAGACAACAGAAAUUUUGAAAUAAAUUUAAUGAAUAAAAUAUAUACUGAAAUAUCACAUAAAAAAUUAACUUACACUUCAAAGAUUGUGCAGUUGACAAUUCCACCCCCCCACCCUCAGGCCAAAAAAAGAUAAAGAAUAAGCUGUAACAUUAAAUUGAUUUGUUUUGCCUGGAAAGAAUAAGAUAAUAAAGUAGUGAAUCAAAAUCUUGACCUUUAACAGUAAUUGUGAUACGGCUAACAGUAUGUCCACGAAAGCUGGGUCGCCUUCACCCUGUUCUCAUGACAAUAAUACUGUUUCUCUCAGUUGCUCUGGGGCGCCCCUUUCUUUGUUCACUGUAUGCCUUUGUUACCACUGACUCACAAUGCUGAAAGACCCGUUUUACAAAUGCUGUUUUUCAAAAGCCCAUUUCAGACUGUGACCUAAAUAAGAACAACACUUUCGGAGGCCCUGAUCUUACACUGGAGUCUUCCGCCUACCAAGAGGAAGACACGCAUUUCCGUCGUGAGCAGUGCUCCCGUGGCAGCUGGGAAAUGGGGGAAAGCUGACCUGCCCCAUCACCAGGUUAGCAAUUAACGGUUACAGACAAUUGGGCAGGACAUCCCCCACUGGGAGUAAUGAGAGGGGUGUCCCGCUUACCCGGCCAAAAAAGCAGGGACAGAAAGG